UUUUAUACUAAUUGUUUCCUCUUUCUUCAUAAUUGAUUCAUUGAAAAGCCGAAGUAAAAUUUUGUGAUAAGGAGUUGGUAUUGAGGUGAUUUGUGUCUGUAAUAUUUUAAUUUUUUUAAGAGGUGAAUCCAUUAACAUACUCCUGCAACUCUUUUAAUUGCUCUUCACUCAGAUUGUUUAGCAUCGAAAUGGAUGCUAGAAAAUAUGCGAGUUUAAAGCGAACAAAAAGUUGUCUUGGUCAUUCAUAAAGUAGCUCAAUUUCUACAACUAAAGUGGUGUUCUGUUCCAAGGAUUUUGAUGGCAAUAAUUGUAGUGGUCACUCUUUAGUCCUCAAACUGAUACUGUCCAAGAAUAUUUCCAAAGUUGAAGAGUUCAUAGUGGAGGUACCACUAUGUAUACCACCCCCAUACUAAAUAUUGAAAUAGCUAAACUAGAAAACUCAUUGAAAUCCCCAAAUGAGUACAACAUCCAGCAAAGAUCUAUGCAAUGCUAUACACCACAGAAGUUCCUUGUCAAAAAUGUAUUCACACAGGAGUUUUGAGCUACGUGAAAUAAGGAAAAAGUUUUCUAAUUCUUGGGUAUCUAAAUUUAUUGAGACAUAAUCAUUAAGUUUCUGAACUAUAGUUAUAAUGAUUCCUUUAAUACUUCUCUCGACUUCACACACACCCUCAAACACAAAGUAGUGAACUAACCUGAGUGCGGUAUUAAAAAGACAAAGGCUACCACCGAAUGGUUCGCCCCGAAAGGCACAGUGUUACCAGAAUAAUUAUUAGAAAGAGAAAGAGUACUUCCAAGACAUUCACCAGAAAGAAACAAAGAAAUUAUAAAAACAAGAAAAAAAUUAGCCAGGUAUACAAGUGUAAGGCUGGCUCCCAAAAGUAGGAACAACAUAAAGUCUCCACCAAGAUCCUAGAGAUACCAAUACCAUGAUAUAUAAGGGGGGAAACUCUUGUUGAAUGAGUUGGUUUACAGGAUACAAGAAGGAUUUCUUAUAUAGGAUUUUGAGUUACAUGAAAGAAAUUUGCCUAAUUUAUUGGAUUCCAAAUUGUUGCAUUAUCAUUAAAAUAUCCUCGACUUUCAACAGUAACAUGAACAUUAAGUAUAUUAUGCAUAGUAGUUAUCUGGGCUUCCAAUCAUACCGCUUCAUCUACCACAUUUUAGUUGACCUAUUUCAAUGUAAGAGGGUUGAACAGUUGACAAGUUAGUCCUACCAUUGACUGUCUGUUGUCAAAACAAAAAUUAUAUACUUUUAGUUCAGAUAUGGGAAUUAGUACAAUUUUGUCCUAAACAGUGUUGUGGACGGCGAGAGGCGACAAAAGGCGACAAGGGCCUGCCUCGCCACGCGGCGAGGCGCUUGCCCUUUUUUAAUAAAGGCGCGAAUUAAUACCAAAAAUUAAAAAUAUUUAAUUGCAUAUUUUAUCCAAAAUCUUAAUAGCAAUAACACAUAUUAGCAAAUAUUCAAUUCAAAAACCAAUAGUAGAUACUAAAAUGUCUAAAACUUUAAAGACCAAACAAUUCAAAAUACAAUAAACCAAAACUUUAAAAGUCUAUUCUUCUUCAAAAUUAUCCAACCCUUGAGUGCCAUAUUUCCAUCCAAUGUCCCUCUUUUUGCUAGCAUCCGCCAUUGAUUAUUAAAUUCAAUUAAUUCGCUGUUUAGGAAUAUUGGAAUAAAUAAUUAGGAAAAGAGAGAUUUUUUUUUAAUUAACUGCCUAUAAUUUUAAAAAAAAAGUUUACACAAAGCAGUAAGCAACUAAGCACUGCUUAGUGCUUACAGCCUUACACCAAAAAAACACAACUGAAAAAAAAAACUGAAGAAGAACAGAAAAAAAUUGUUGAAGAAGAAGAGAGAAAACGAUCCCUGGAGAACAGAGAGUCGCGAGGGUCGGAAGGAACACAAUCGUGAGCCGGCGGCCGGCGAGGGAGAAGGAGAACAGAAUCCGACUGCGAGGGAGAACUGGAGAGAGGCUCGCGAUGGAGAAGCUGACAGCGAUGGAGAGCGAGGGAGAAGAGACAGCGAUGGAGGAGAAGAGAAGAGAGUCAAUCGAGAGAGAGAGAGAGUCGCGAUGGAGUUUCAGAAAUUUCAAAACGCUACACCUCGCCACACCUCGCCUUUUUACUAUCGCCUCGCCUCAGCAGAGAAUGGCGAGGACCCAUCGCCUUGCCUCGCCUCUCGCCAAAGGCAAGGAGGCGCUCGCCUUUUGUAACACUGGUCCUAAAGAAGAAUAUUGGUGACAGAAAAGUCAGCCAGUUGUAAGUUGGGCCUGGUGGAAGUCCAGACGAGAAUGGAGAAACUACACUUGAUGCCAUGGUCAUGGAUGGGGUAACAAUGGAGGUCGGCGCUGUUGCUGCUAUGAGAUAUGUGCCAGAGGGAAUUAAAGCUGCGAAGUUAGUGUUGGAGUAUACUAAACAUACUAUGCUUGUCGGGGAUCAAGCCUCAGCUUUUGCCAUUUCGAUGGGCCUUCAGGGCCCUACAAACCUAAGCUCAGUUGAGUCAAUAGAGAAGUGGACAAAAUGGAAAGAUAAUUCUUGCCAACCUAAUUUCCGGAAAAAUGUUAUCCCUAGAGAUAGCUGUGGUCCAUUCCAUCCCAAUGGUCCUUCAAUAAGAAGAUGCCUGAUGGAUAACGAGCUCAGGCCUAAUGAAUUUGGAUCAGUUACAGUUAAUGUAGGUUUACAUAGCCAUGAUACAAUAUCCAUGGCUGUCAUCGACCAAAUUGGACAGGUUGCCGUUGGAACAUCAACUAAUGGAGCCACAUUCAAGAUUCCUGGAAGGGUUGGUGAUGGACCUAUAGCAGGGUCUUCAGCAUAUGCGGAUGCUGAAGUUGGUGCUUGUGGAGCCACUGGGGAUGGUGAUAUUAUGAUGCGCUUCCUUCCGUGUUAUCAGGCUGUGGAGAAUAUGAGAUUAGGAAUGGAACCCAAACUUGCCGCAAAAGAUGCUAUAUCGCGAAUUGCAAGGAAAUAUCCAAACUUCAUUGGCGCUCUAUUUGCCGUCAACAGAAAUGGGACUCAUGCAGGUGCAUGCCAUGGUUGGACUUUUCAGUACUCUGUCAGAAAUCCUGGGAUGAACGACGUUGAGGUCUUUACUGUUCACCCUCAGUGAUCCCUUUAGCAUUCCCCAGCUUCUAUUGAAGUUCUUCCUCUUCCAUAAAGCAGCAUUCAUAGUCUCUUUCACAUAUUGCUAGAAUUGAUGAUAUCCUUCCAUAUUGUGAACCAUAAAAUUUUUAUUUAAUACAGCAAGUUCAAAUUUGACUAUUUGAGUAUGUGCAUUAAUGACAAUUGACAACCUAUUAAAGCUUCUUGUAUUUGCUUGUCCUAAGACAUAUCAAGAGCAUAGAAAAACUGCAAGUUUGACAAA